AUAAACCUCUGACUUCUUUUUUCUUCUCUAUUUUUGUGGGUGAUAAUCAAUUCACUCGGUUUGAAAUUUCGUCCACUUUUCAAAGAUGAGUGAAUGAAAAAGCCACGAAACUUUCCAUUUCUUCCUCUGUGUAUAACUCUCACUGAGUACGACUUGCCAUUUUCUCAUCCAAAAAAAAUGUUUAUCCAAAUACAUAUUUGUGAACUUUGCUUUUAAACCACUCAAGAUUCUUCCCCAUGGCUUCUUCGUCUUCUUCUUCUCGGUCUCGCACCUGGAGAUACCGCGUCUUCACGAACUUCCAUGGACCUGACGUCCGUAAAACAUUCCUCAGCCAUUUACGUAAACAGUUUAGCUACAACGGGAUUUCGAUGUUUAAUGAUCAAAGUAUCGAAAGAAGCCAAACCAUCGUCCCUGCUCUCACAGGAGCAAUCAAGGAAUCGAGGAUCUCGAUCGUGGUGCUCUCGAAGAACUACGCAUCAUCGAGGUGGUGUUUGGAUGAGCUGCUAGAGAUUUUGAAGUGCAGGGAAGAUAUAGGACAAAUAGUGAUGACCGUCUUUUACGGAGUAGAUCCAUCUGAUGUCCGUAAACAGACCGGAGAAUUUGGGAUCGCUUUUAAUAAAACUUGUGAAGGGAAGACAAAUGAGGAGACACAAAAAUGGAGCAAAGCUUUGAACGAUGUUGGAAACAUUGCUGGAGAGCACUUCUUUAACUGGGAUAAUGAAGCGAAGAUGAUUGAGAAGAUUGCAAGAGAUGUUUCGAACAAACUAAACGCCACAAUCUCUUGGGAUUUUGAAGACAUGGUGGGUAUUGAAGCACAUUUGCAGAAAAUGCAGUCUUUGUUACAUUUAGAUUAUGAGGAUGGAGCUAUGAUUGUAGGAAUCUAUGGUCCUGCAGGUAUUGGUAAGACUACCAUUGCCAGAGCUUUACAUAGCCGACUCUCUAGCAGUUUUCAGCUUACUUGUUUUAUGGAGAAUAUUAGGGGAAGCUAUAAUAGUGGUCUUGACGAGUAUGGUUUGAAGCUGCGAUUACAAGAACAACUUCUUUCCAAAGUUCUAAACCAUGAUGGUAUAAGGAUAAACCAUUUAGGUGCGAUUCCAGAAAGGCUAUGUGACCAAAAAGUUCUUAUCAUUCUUGAUGAUGUGGACGAUUUGCAGCAACUUGAGGCUUUGGCUAAUGAAACUAACUGGUUUGGUCCUGGAAGCAGGAUUAUUGUGACCACGGAGGAUCAAGAGCUUUUGGAGCAACAUGAUGUUAACAAAAAAUAUCAUGUUGAUUUUCCAACUAGAGAAGAAGCUUGUAAAAUCUUUUGUACAUAUGCUUUCAGACGGAGCUUUGCACCAUAUGGUUUUGAAAAGCUUGCUGAAAGAGUAACAUGGCUUUGUAGCAACCUUCCUCUAGGUCUCCGUGUCAUGGGUUCAACUUUACGCGGAAAGAAAGAAGAUGACUGGGAAGGUAUAUUGCGUAGGCUAGAAAAUAGCCUUGAUCGAAAGAUCGAUGGAGUUCUUAGAGUCGGAUACGACCAUUUAUGUGAGGACGAUCAGUUUCUAUAUCUCCUCAUUGCAUUCUUCUUCAACUACGUCGACGAUGAUCAUGUGAAAGCAAUGCUCGUUGAAGAUAAUUUGGAUGUCAAACUCGGGUUGAAAACGCUUGCGUAUAAAUCUCUCAUUCAAAUAUCGGCGGAAGGGAAUAUAGUGAUGCACAAGUUACUACAACGAGUGGGUAGAGAAGCUAUUCAAAGACAAGAGCCCACGAAACGGAGAAUCUUGAUUGAUGCUCGUGAGAUUUGCGAUGUCCUUCGAUAUGGGAAAGGUACUAGUAAUGUGUCUGGCAUAUCAUUUGAUACAUCAGAUAUGAGUGAAGUGACUAUAAGUGAUGACGCUUUUAAAAGACUGCAUGAUCUUCGAUUCCUCAAAGUUACCAAAAGUAGAUAUGAUGGGAAAUAUAGAAUGCAUAUACCUGCGGGGAUAGAGUUUCCUUGUCUUCUAAGGUUACUACAUUGGGAGGCAUAUCCAAGCAAGUGUCUUCCUCCUACAUUUAAUCCAGAAUUUCUUGUGGAACUCAAUAUGCAGGGAAGCCAGCUCGAGCACCUCUGGAGUGGAACUCAGUCGCUUAGAAAUCUCAAGAAUAUGGAUUUGGGAUGGUCCCCGAAUUUGAAGGAACUCCCGGAUCUUACAAAUGCUACAAAUCUGGAGGAUUUGAAUCUAAAUAGUUGCGAGAGUUUGGUAGAGAUUCCAUCCUCUUUUUCGCAUCUUCAUAAACUAAAGAACUUGUGGAUGAGUUACUGCAUAAACCUACAAGUCAUUCCUGCUCACAUGAACUUGGUAUCCCUAGAACGCGUCACUAUGACAGGAUGCUCAAGAUUCAGAAAAAUUCCAGUAAUUUCAACGCACAUCAAUUAUCUGGAUAUAGCACACAACACGGAGUUCGAAGUUGUGCAUGCAUCAAUUGCUUUGUGGUGUCGUCUCCACUAUCUCAAUAUGAGCUACAAUGAAAAUUUCAUGGGAUUAACGCACCUCCCCAUGUCUUUAACACAACUCAUCCUAAGAUAUUCCGAUAUUGAAAGGAUUCCUGAUUGCAUCAAAGCUCUUCAUCAGCUGUUUUCACUUGAUCUAACUGGCUGCAGAAGACUUGCAUCAUUGCCAGAGCUCCCUGGUUCGCUCCUUGAUCUAGAGGCAGAAGAUUGUGAAUCACUGGAGACCGUAUUUAGCCCUUUACACACGCCAAGAGCGCUCCUCAAUUUCACCAACUGCUUCAAAUUGGGUGGCCAAGCACGGAGAGCAAUUAUCCGACGACGAUCAGAAAUUAUCGGGAAGGCUCUCUUACCAGGAAGAGAAGUGCCUGCAGAGUUUGAUCACAGAGCUAAAGGUAAUUCCUUGACCAUUAUUCUCAAUGGUUACAGGCCUUCUUAUGACUUCAUCCAAUAUUUGGUCUGCGUUGUGAUUUCCCCUAACCAAGAAAUCACAAAAAUAAGUGAUUCUUCCACCCUAUUAUGUCACACGAACGGCUACAUAUUCCCAUCUUAUGAGGAGGUGUACAUAGGCGCUGUCUCAAAAUGUCGAAAGGAACAUCUAUUUAUAUUUCGCUCUGGCUAUUAUCUAAACGUCGACCCCUCUGGAGCAAGCAGAGAGAUUGUGUUCGAAUUCAGCAGCAAAUCGCAAGACUUCGACAUUAUUGAAUGUGGUGUCAAGAUCUGGACCGCACAAAGCAUCGAACGGGGUUACCUAGUGUUUGAAGACGACAAUGAGAUUAAACACGAUGACCAUACAAAUAGAGUUAGGGGACACUACAAAGCAUCAAACGUGGACUACAAGUCUGUAUCCAGGAAGCGUCCGAGGAAGACAGAUCUGAAGUUGGAAAUCCCAAGACGACGUUUUUGAAAAGAAAAAGAAAAAUGAAUCAUCAGUCUCUUUUGAUCGCUUCAUGAGGUUUUUUAUUGUAUACGAAACCUUCAGAAAAAAUACAUGUAUCCAUGCUUGUUGUUGACGUCAAAGUUCAGUUCAUCAAAAAGAUCUUAUCU